AUGCGGUCGGCAACAGUGACAAUCACGAGCUUGCUCGAAGGCGGCGGCGACUAUGGUCACGAGUUUGGUCUGAGACGGAGGCGGGGUCGCGAGAUUUGGGGCGGAGAGCGCGCGUUAUCCCAGCCCCCCCCAUUUACGCUCUCACCCUCUCAUCGUCACCAAAAACCAAAUCAAAACCCUAACCCUAGUUUCUCUUUCACUUCUCGUCGAGCUGCUCUCCUACUCCUCUCUCUCCCCUCUCUCAUCGCCCAGCCCCCACCUUCAACCGCCAUCUCCUUGGGAAUUUCGGGGCCGAAGGAGUGGCUGAGGGGUCAGAAGAAGAAAGCGGCGAGGUACGUGUUGGAUCCCAUCGUGGCGUCGCAGCGGAGCCUGCGAUCCGCGUAUCUCUUGAUGACAUCAGAAGCUGUAGACGGAGUAUCUGAAGAGAUAAAGAGGCUAUUGAACUCAGCAAGAAGGGAUUGUGUACCGCAGGAGAGGAGCUCUGUUGUUGCUUUUCAAGCUAGAAGUGGUGUAGAGGUUUGCACGUUCAAGUUGAUUGUAAAGAAUGCAGCUUCUUUGCUUGAUGAUUCAGAUCCUGUUAAAUUGGAAGCAGAAGAUAGGCUUGAUGUUCUUAUAAGAUCAUUUUCUGCCUUGGGUACUACCGUAGACAAAAGUGAUUUCCGGCUUAAUGCUGAUAGAGAAAAGGUUAAAGAAGGGCUAACGGAUUCAAUAUAUGCCCUGGGCAAAUUUGGGCAGGCAAUUAAGGACUGCUUAGGUGUUUGAUUCUCCUGACAAUCAUAGACCAUUUUCGAGUACCAUUAUGAGAGCUUCAUUGUUCGAAAGUAAUGUCAUCCUAUUUGUUGCUUGUACAGCCUAAUCAUCACCUGGGUUUCUCUGUCACACAUGAUGGUUUACAUUGGUUGCUCGCUCUGGAGAACCUGAGGCCUCGACAAGAUAUAACCGCCGACAAGGAGCUCCAUCCUCUGGAUGAGUCUGUAUUGACCUUGGCAAGUUCCUAAGCUUGGUAAACAAAUUUUGCGG